CUCUCUUCCGCUCCUGCCUCCUUCUUUCUCGACAAGAUGGCCACACCGGCGGUACCGGCAACUGCUCCUGCCGCCACUCCAGUCCCAUCGCCAACACCGGCAGUGGCCCCGGCCUCAGCCCCGGCCCCGUCCCCAGCGCCAACGCCAGCUCCAGCGCCGGCCGCGGCUCCGGCUGCAGCUCCGGCCCCGGCUUCAUCCUCAGAUCCGGCGUCAGCAGCGGCCACGACUGCGGCUCCGGGCCAGACCCCGGCCUCCGCGCAAGCCCCGGCUCAGACCUCGGCGCCUUCACUGCCUGGACCCGCCCUCCCAGGGCCCUUCCCUGGCGGCCGCGUGGUCAGGCUGCACCCAGUCAUUUUGGCUUCCAUCGUGGACAGUUACGAGCGACGCAACGAGGGAGCUGCCCGAGUUAUCGGGACCCUGCUGGGAACUGUUGACAAGCACUCAGUGGAGGUCACCAAUUGCUUUUCAGUGCCGCACAAUGAGUCGGAAGAUGAAGUCGCUGUUGAUAUGGAAUUUGCUAAGAACAUGUAUGAAUUGCACAAAAAAGUCUCUCCAAAUGAGCUCAUCCUGGGCUGGUACGCCACAGGCCAUGACAUCACAGAACACUCUGUGCUGAUCCAUGAGUACUACAGCCGGGAGGCCCCCAACCCCAUUCAUCUCACUGUGGACACGAGUCUCCAGAACGGCCGCAUGAGCAUCAAGGCCUAUGUCAGCACGUUAAUGGGUGUCCCUGGAAGGACCAUGGGAGUGAUGUUCACACCUCUAACAGUGAAAUACGCAUAUUAUGACACUGAACGCAUUGGAGUUGACCUGAUCAUGAAGACCUGUUUUAGCUCCAACCGGGUGAUUGGACUUUCAAGUGACUUGCAGCAAGUAGGAGGAGCAUCAGCUCGCAUCCAGGAUGCCCUGAGCACAGUGUUGCAGUACGCAGAGGAUGUACUGUCUGGAAAGGUGUCAGCUGACAAUACCGUGGGCCGCUUCUUGAUGAGCCUAGUUAACCAAGUACCCAAAAUCGUACCUGAGGACUUUGAGACGAUGCUCAACAGCAACAUCAACGACUUGCUGAUGGUGACCUACCUGGCCAAUCUCACACAGUCACAAAUUGCCCUCAAUGAGAAGCUUGUAAACCUAUGAAUGGGCCCUCAGCAGCACUCCUGCUAGUCUGGAUCUUAACCCUAGGACUCAGAUGAAGUGAAGGAGAAAUGGUUUUUUUGUGGUCUUGAGUCACACUGAGUUAGUCAACUGCUUGUGACUCUAAUAAACAUAAUAACUUACCUUUUGUAAAUGA